UUCCAAUUUUACAGUCCAAGUGUAGAGCUAGAGUAAAUAAUCAAUGGUCAAGGAUUUAUUAACUGUUGAGGGAGGGCUUUUCUUCAAAAUGGGACCCUUUACAAUACACCAGAAGAAGACUUUAUUCAAAUAAAACCAAAAAAUUAUCUUCCUAAUGUCUGGUUGUUAUUGACAGAAGCUACAUAUUUUUCCCCUUUUCAACUUUUCUGAUGAAAUAUUAGCAGAAGUUCCAUCUAUAAGUUGUUCUUUCUGCUUGUAUUUGCUUCUCAUAAACUUUUCAUGAUAAUUAUACCAAGAAAAUAUGCUUUAAAAGGCUCAUAGAAAGAGGUGGCUAAAGUCUCUGGCUUUCUGCCUGCUGCCACCUGUGCAUAUAAGUCAACAGCGUCCCCAACCGCAUAUUUUACUCAAUAAACUCCACAAUUAUGGAAGAGAUGAUCAUUUGCUUGCAUGGUAUUGAAUAAUCUUUCGGUGUUGGUUGCCUGUAAUAUUAAAAUUUGCUGCCGCUUGGUUGUCUCUGACGCAUAGGACAUUACUUAUGUAAGCAAGAUUUUCCCAAGAUUUUUUCGAUGUUCAACAAGUCUUUGCGGUCUCUAAACCUCACCUGCCCAUUACCUCCAUCUACUUUCUAAUUAGUUAGUAUAUGUGAUAUGGCUUCGAAGUCUCAUUCAAAUGACGAGGAGGUUGAAACUAAAGAGAUGGACAUUAGAAGCCUGUCAUCCUCUGGCCGUCAUGUGCACAACACACAGUAUCUUCACAAGGUGGGAGUUCCCCCUAAGCAAAACCUCUUCAGGGAAUUCACAGCCACUGUGAAAGAAACAUUCUUUGCUGAUGAUCCUCUGCGUCAUUUCAAGGAUCAAUCAAGGUCUCGAAAGCUCAUUCUGGGCAUCCAGGCCGUCUUCCCCAUUCUUGAAUGGGGAAGGAGUUACAGCUGGAGAAAAUUUAUAGGUGAUCUCAUUGCUGGACUGACUAUUGCAAGUCUCUGCAUUCCUCAGGACAUUGCUUAUGCAAAGCUAGCUAACUUGGAUCCACAGUAUGGACUUUACUCCAGCUUUGUUCCACCAUUGAUUUAUGCCUUAAUGGGAAGUUCAAGAGAUAUCGCCAUUGGACCAGUUGCUGUGGUAUCUCUUUUACUGGGGACUAUGCUUUCUAAUGAGAUUGACCCUAUCAAAAAUGCAGCUGAGUAUCGGCGGCUUGCAUUUACAGCUACCUUUUUUGCUGGGAUCACUCAAGCAACUCUUGGUUUUCUCAGGUUGGGCUUCUUGAUAGACUUCCUGUCCCAUGCUGCCAUUGUCGGUUUUAUGGCUGGAGCUGCUGUUACAAUUGCCCUCCAACAGCUUAAGGGUCUUCUUGGUAUAAACAAAUUUACAAAGAAAACAGAUAUUAUUUCUGUAAUGCACUCUGUAUGGGGCAACGCCCAUCAUGGAUGGAACUGGCAGACUAUAGUCAUUGGAUCUAGCUUUCUGUCCUUCCUUCUGUUUUCCAAGUACAUUGGAAAAAAGAACAAGAAAUUUUUCUGGGUUCCUGCAAUAGCUCCUUUGAUAUCUGUUGUUCUCUCCACCUUCUUCGUUUAUAUAACACAUGCUGAAAAGAAAGGAGUUCAGAUUGUGAAAAACAUCGAGAAAGGAAUCAAUCCCACAUCUGUGAAUAAAAUUUAUUUCCAUGGUGAAUAUCUUCUUAAAGGUUUGAAGAUUGGUGUUGUUGCUGGUAUGAUAGCAUUGACGGAAGCUGUAGCCAUUGGAAGAACUUUUGCUUCAAUGAAAGACUAUCAAUUAGAUGGAAACAGAGAAAUGGUGGCACUAGGAGCAAUGAAUGUUGUUGGGUCAAUGACUUCCUGCUAUGUGGCAACAGGUUCAUUUUCUCGAUCAGCCGUUAAUUACAUGGCUGGCUGCCAAACCGCAGUCUCUAACAUCAUUAUGUCCUGUGUUGUAUUUCUAACCUUAGAAUUCAUAACACCUCUUUUCAAGUACACCCCAAAUGCUAUUCUCGCUGCCAUCAUUAUAUCAGCUGUGGUUGGGCUUUUCGAUGUUCCAGCAGCAAUUUUGAUAUGGAAGAUUGAUAAAUUUGAUUUUGUUGCAUGCCUGGGAGCCUUUCUUGGAGUAGUCUUUUCAUCAGUUGAGAAAGGUCUCUUAAUUGCUGUCUCAAUAUCCUUUGCUAAAAUCCUCUUACAAGUUACUAGGCCUCGAACUGCUAUACUCGGGAAGCUCCCUAGGACUACUGUGUACCGAAAUAUCCUACAAUAUCCAGAAGCAGCUAAAGUUCCAGGGGUUCUGAUCGUCAGAGUUGAUUCAGCUAUUUACUUUUCCAACUCUAAUUAUGUCAAGGAGAGGAUUUUGAGAUGGUUGAGGGAUGAAGAAGAGCAAGUAAAAGCUGCAUGCCAGCCAACAAUCCAGUUUUUGAUAGUUGAGAUGUCACCUGUAACUGACAUUGAUACCAGUGGCAUCCAUGCCUUUCAAGAAUUAUACAGGAGUCUUCAGAAAAAAAAUGUUCAGCUUAUUCUGGCAAAUCCUGGACCAGUGGUGAUUGACAAGCUUCACGCGUCGAAUUUUGCAAAUUUAAUCGGCAACGACAAGAUCUUCCUCACUGUUGCUGAUGCAGUGUCAUCAUGUUCCCCAGAACUGGUGGAAGAAGUAUGAACAAUGAAAAAUGUGGUCGUUUAUGACUGAAAUGAGAGCAAAAAUGUACAUGUCCAGUGUGAGAAGAGAGGCAGGCAGGGAUCUCAAUUGCAGCUUAAUGAUGAAGGGGUCAAUUAUAAAGGUGGUGUAAGUGGGAGUGGCUGAGAUCAUUCUCUAAAAGGACAAAACAAAAGUGUACAAUGUGCUUAUCGAUAAGGUUAGGUUUUAAAUUUGCUGAUAUGUCCCUAGAUCCAACGGUUUCUUAUCGUUUUUGUUUAUGUUUCCGUUAGUUUCUUAACGGUAGGGAAUCACUCAUCGAAAUCCAAUUCCUGUUUCGUGCUUUUGAUAAUUUUAUCCUCAUCUUACUAUACACUUUUAUCACUUUCCCACGAGAAAAGAAAAAGAAUGAAAAAGGUGUUUAAUUCACUUCAAUUUUCUUGUUUCUACAU